AUGCAAUCUAGCAACACUUCAGUCUAUGCAGUUGGGGAUGUUGCCGCUUUUCCAGUAAAAAUGUUUGCUGAAACACGCAGACUUGAGCAUGUAGAUUCUGCGAGGAAGUCAGCAAGGCGUGCUGUUGCUGCUAUCAUGGAGCCAGAAAAGACGGGUGAAUUCGACUACCUGCCAUUCUUCUACUCCCGCGUCUUCACAUUGUCUUGGCAGUUUUAUGGAGACAACGCAGGGGAAGUAAUUCAUUUUGGGGAUUUCUCGGGAAAGACUUUUGGGGCUUAUUGGAUUAAUAAGGGUCAUCUUGUUGGUUCUUUUCUGGAGGGUGGAACCAAAGAGCAGUACGAAGCUAUAGCCAAGGCCACGAGGCUUAAACCGGCAAUUGAAGACCUGGGUGAGCUUGAGAGGCAGGGACUGGGAUUUGCUUUGACAGCAAGCCAGAAACCAUCAUCAUCAUCACCUCCUCUUGUUGCUGGCAGUUCUAAUCUCGUUAUCGAGAAACCAUUACACGCUUGGUACGCAACUGCGGGUGUGAUUGUGGCUGCAUCAGUAGCAACCUUUGCAUACUGGAUCAUCUGGUUGCCAAUAACAUUUUUGAGGAAAGAUUCUUUGAGUAAGCUGGUUUUGGAAUUUGUUGAAGAGGUCUUAUUUGAGAAGAAGAUGGAGUACGAGCAGCUUGACUGCUGGAAUGCUUUGUCUUCCAUUGCUGGUCUGAAUAAAAUAUUGAUAUCCUCUGGAUUGAAGAACCGCUUCUUUGUUUAA